AUGAAGUUUUCCGCUGGCGCCAUCCUGUCAUGGUCCUCCCUGCUGCUCGCCACCUCCGUCUCUGCCCAACAAGAGGCCGUGGCCCCUGAAGACUCCGCCGUGGUCAAGCUGUCCACCGACUCCUUCAAUGAGUACAUCCAGUCGCACGACCUCGUGCUCGCAGAGUUCUUUGCCCCAUGGUGUGGCCACUGUAAGAACAUGGCCCCAGAGUACGUCCAAGCCGCCGAGGCGCUGGUCGGGAAAAAUAUCACCCUGGCGCAGAUCGACUGUACCGAGAACCAGGACCUGUGCAUGGAACACGACAUCCCGGGCUUCCCCAGCUUGAAGAUCUUCAAGAACAACGACGUUAACUCGUCCGUUGACUACGAGGGCCCUAGAACCGCCCAGGCCAUCGUCCAGUUCAUGCUCAAGCAGAGCCAGCCGGCCGUCACCGUCGUGGCCGACCUGCCCGCAUUCCUCGCCAACGAGACUUUCCUCGCCCCAAUCAUCGUCCAGUCCGGUAAGAUCGACGCCGACUUCAACGCCACCUUCUACACCAUCGCCAACAAGCACUUCAACGACUACAACUUUGUCUCCACCGAAGGCGCCAAAGAUGACGCUUUCAAGCUCGCCAUCUACUUGCCCUCCGCCUUGGAAGAACCCGUGGUGUACAGCGGCAAGAAAGCCGACAUUGUCGACGCCGAAGUCUUCGAAAAAUGGUUGCAAGUGGAAGCGUUGCCCUACUUUGGUGAGAUCGACGGCUCCGUGUUCAGCCAGUACGUUGAAAGCGGCUUGCCCCUAGCUUACUUGUUUUACAACGACGCCGAAGAACUCGAACAGUACACUCCCGUUUUCACCGAGCUUGCCAAGAAAAACAGAGGCCUUUUGAACUUUGUCAGCAUCGACGCCAAGAAGUUCGGCAGACACGCCGGUAACUUGAACAUGAAGGAACAAUUCCCUCUGUUCGCUAUCCACGACAUGGCCCAGGACUUCAAGUACGGUUUGCCUCAACUCUCCGAAGAGGCAUUCGACGAACUAACCGACAAGAUCGAACUGGAAACCAAAUCCAUCGAGGCCUUGGUCAAGAACUUCUUGAGCGGUGACGCCACUCCCAUCGUCAAGUCCCAAGAUGUCUUCGAAACCCAGGAAUCCUCCGUCUUCCAAUUGGUCGGCAAGAACCACGACGAAAUCGUCAACGACCCAAAGAAGGACGUCCUUGUCAUGUACUACGCCCCAUGGUGCGGUCACUGUAAGAGAUUGGCCCCAACCUACCUAGAAUUGGCCGACACCUACGCCAACGCCACCUCCGAUGUCUUGAUCGCUAAGAUCGACCACACCGAAAACGACGUCGCCGGCGUCACCAUCGAAGGUUACCCAACCAUCGUCUUGUACCCAGCGGGCAAGAAGUCCGAAUCCGUCCUCUACCAGGGCGCAAGAACUUUGGACUCCUUGUUCGACUUCAUCAAGGAAAACGGUCAUUCCGAAAUCGACGGUAAGGCCUUGUACGAAGAAGCCCAAGAAAAGGCCGCCGCCGAUGAAUUGGCCGACGAAUUGGCCGACGAAGAAGAAGCCAUCCAUGACGAAUUGUAA